CCGCGCCCACCGUAAUGGCGGCUGUCAUUCUGCUCCGUGCCUAUCGAAAUUGAGUAUUCAGCCCGUCUUGGAACCUCGUCGGCCUUCUCUUACCCGACGAAAGCAACCUUCCUAACGCUUUUUGUCCAUCGGACCUUACCGUAACCUGACAAGCCAGGACCGUGGUAGCGUGCCCGACUGAACCUCAGCACCCACACGGUCGAUUUAGGCCGUAGAAAUCGGAAAAAACCGCCGCCCCGUCAACAUGGCUGCGGAGCGGAGGCCCUUGGCUCCGUGCAGGUUUUUCUCAAACAACGGCUCGUGCCGACAGGGAGACAGCUGCCCAUUCCCUCACGUCGCGCGGUCCGGUCCUGUCCCCUGCAGGUACUUUCUCGAGGGCCGCUGCAUGUUCGGCAUACAAUGCAGAAAUAUUCACACGAGUGGACCUCGCAGCGAGGACGACGACGACGACGAUUCCCUGGGAGCAGCGUCGAUCGCGCGACAACAACAGACAAGCCGGCGGAAUCAGGAGAACAACCGCGGCAGAAACACCGCCAGUUCCUCUUCCAGCAGUAAUGCAGAUAACAGACGCUUUCCACUGACUGAAAACCACCGAAAACAAAGUUUCAGACCAAAUAACAGGAGAGGCCGGGGUCAGGAGAACAAAGGCGCUGGCAGCUCAAUUUCUCCCACGCAUUGGGCCGCGGCGCCUGAAUUUGUGCCGAAGACACCACCAAGAAUACCAGUGUCCUACGCUGACGCACUCAAUGUCAAAAGAACCAAGGCGGCUGAGGACGCCGCUCUCUGCGUGAUCCAUGAAGACUGUCUUCCUUGCCCAGAUGGACAGGACUGCGUCUACGUGCACGGCGAAUUCUGCGAGCUGUGCUGCAAGUUCAGUUUGCAUCCCUUCAACGAGGAUCAGAGGAAAAAGCACACUUCAGAAUGUAUCAAGCAACAUGAGAAAGACAUGGAGCUGUCAUUCGCCGUCGCUCGCUCCAAAGACAAGAUGUGCGGUAUUUGCUUUGAAACCAUAGUUGAGAAGUCUCCAAGAGAGCAGCGCUUUGGUAUUUUGCCCAACUGCAACCAUUGCUUCUGCCUUAACUGCAUUCGUACCUGGAGACAAGCCAAGAAUUUUGAAAACAACAUCACAAGGGGCUGUCCGGAGUGCCGAACCGCCUCGGACUUUGUGUGUCCUAGCGUUUACUGGGUUGAGACCAAGGAGGAGAAGGACAAGCUCAUCAAUGACUACAAGCUCGCCAUGCAGAACAAGGACUGCAAAUAUUUCAAGCGUGGCGAGGGCAAGUGUCCUUUCGGCAACAAAUGCUUCUACCAGCACAACCUUCCCAAUGGAACCCACGUAGACGUUGGACCCCCAACAAGGGCUAGAAGGCGCAACGGCGCUGAUGGAGAAGUCGACCUCAUGCAGCACAUAAUUCUGUGGGACUUCCUGGAUGAGCACGACAGUCACUUCUUCUACCUAGAUGAGCUCGACCUUGACGACUCAAUCAUGACCGACUCAGAGAUCUCUGAUUCGGACUACGAGUACCUCUACUAAGGAGCACCCCCCCAGUUCGCUUGUGAUUCUCGUUCCGUACGUGAGGAAAAUAUUGUCUGUGAUGUCCCAGCUGGCAGCCCUGCUACAAGGGGCAGCCCCAAUGUGUUUCUUUUUUGCUGUUUGUGAUAGAGCCCCGUUCUGUGAAGAGGGCCAUAUUCGAUUGCAACGAUUUCCGCUUCCUUUUCGCCUUGUUUGUAACCUAGUUUGUCCGCGCUAAUGGCAUGGAAAAUUAUUUAGCCGCCCUGCCCAGCUUGAUAGGUACAAACGAAUGAACCAAAUGGGUGGCAGGGGCGGCACGCAUAACUCACACUAGAACUUAUUACAUGCAAUAAUUUCUGAGCCAUCCAGCCGCGAAGUCUACCUCACUCGAUUGGCCCCGCAGUCAUAGCCAAUGCAACUGAAAGCGAACGAACCUAAGUAAUUUUCUGAGUGCCGAGGCCGAGUCAUCUCUUGCGCCUGAAUAUAGACUUGAAGAAUUUUUUGCCAAAGAUCGUGUUUUCCAAAUUAUCAGCAAUUGGAAUUAUUAAAUGCAUUCCCUUUUUCAGGUCGUAAUAUUCUGUCAGUUUUGGUUGAAGUAAAGUUUUUUGCGGUACUCUGCCCCCUGGAUGCGAUCGGAAUGGUAGAUAAGUCAACAUGAAUCUCGUCUUUUGCCACCUCCAAACUUGUCCAUAGAAGCAGUUGUGUGCACACAUAACUACCAAUGAACCCUAAUUCCGCUUAGAGGCCUUAUCUGUGUGUCCUUUGUUGCUGCUGAGCAGAUAAUUUAGAUGUGAUUUGACGGUCUGGCUGCAUCCUUUAGGCGCCGUCUUUUAAAAGAAUUUAAGAAACGCGUAAAAUAUUAUGUCAAGCACGCAUACACACGCGCGUAACAAAAACAAUACUGCCCGUAACAUAGCUUUCCAUUUGGCGCAACAGGAGUUAUCAUGAAAUUUUCGGAUUUUCGACAGCGGCUGAAAAUACACACAUGUGAGAAAUGACGCGCAUUGAAAAUCCUUUGAUUUAUGUAAGUGUUCAAUAUAAGUGCCUCGAAAUAUAAUGAUUAAUAUGUAAUUAUAUCUCACCCCCUCUACCGCGUUACUAUCCUAAUACUAUUAUUAUAUUACACUUUAAUAAUUAUUCCCCUACUUAAAAAAUUAUAUUAUGAAGAUGAUAUUUAACUGUAAGAUUCACCAAUCAGCCCACUUUGGUAUAUUUACAAAACCUCGGAAAGAAAUAGUGAAGUUGGUACAAGAUAAAUUCACUUGUUCGUUCCACUUUGCGCGCAUACAUAUUAAUGUAUUACUGUAUUUAAUAGACUGACUUUUUUGCGAAACCGAGCACACAUACACACACAUUUAAUCUUUGGUCCCAAUUCGAUAAGUUUUUGGGUCGCGCAUAUUAUUAUUCCAAGAGGCUCAAAUUAUCCACUCACUUCUCGCCUGCUUUGUUCAAAUAUAUAUGAUUGAGCCCGAGGAAUCGUUCGAAAAACAUACUUAAAUCUUUUGCAGUUUUAAUGUGUGGCUAUUUCAAUGGAAGAGGUUGAUGGAUUCCAAUUGUUGGCCACUAACAGUUCGUCUGUGUUUCAUGUUUACUCUCGAGUGUGCUUGGAUAGGAUUUUCCUCGAAUCUACCUUGCGUUUUCCACCAAUAAGAAAAUGAAGGAGUACUCUUAUAUCAAAGGAGUUAUUUAAAUAACAACAAAACAACGGUUUAUUGAUGUGCUGUGCUUAUAUAGUGAAAAUUCGGGAUUAAUGUGAAGCCCAUGGUGCGGGUCAAAUACAUAAUUUUUGGAGUUCAACUAUUCAAUUUUGGAUUUGUUUCAUCAAAUUGGUGUACCGGUGUAACAACAAAUUUCUUCACUAAUUAGGCGGAAGGCAAUUUUUAUAAGUAUGAUUUUAUUAUUCCAUAAUUAAACUCUAUUCAAGAUACUUACUGGAGUAAUUUUAACCCAACAUUUAACCAGUUUAAAAUUUAAAUCGUAAUAGUAAUUUUCAAACUAAAAGUGGUUUAAUAUAAAGUAAAGCUAAACGUGUCCGCAUAAUCACCAUUUUUUGGCACCUGCUGCAUCGCGGUAAGGGCCAGAUCCUCAAUAACUAAGAAUAUCAAGCAGUUGUACCGGAUUUAUUGCUUAUAAUGUACAGUACACUUUCAGACUUAAUGGAAUAUUAUUAUAUAUUUCACGCAUAAAAUAUGUAUUGUAAUAAUGCCAUAUUAUGGUUUUUGAUUUCAUUAAAAUACUACUAUGUAGGAACAAA